GGGCUCAAAGACACGGACAAUUGGUCAAAAUUUGGAUACAUUCUUUUCACGAACGUCGCCGACAUGUUUAACUUCACCAUGGACCUCAUCGAGCUCAACCACUGGGAGAAGAACGACAGUAACGGUCCUCUGAUGAGCCUCUUGAAGAGGGACGGUGCCGAUUUAGCAUACUAUCCGAACAUCCUGACGAUCGAGAGAUACGGAUAUGCGCGUGUCAUUCUUCAACAAUGGCCCACGCGUACCUGUUUCAUGUUUCGUACCAUACCGGCGACGAAGAUAAAACCGUGGAUAAUGCUAAAGCCGUUCGCAGCGAACACGUGGUACAUGAUUAUCGUAAUAGUGGUGGUCACAAUUCUUAUUCUGUCCUGUAUACUGAAGCUGGAACGUGCCGAAGAUUGCAGUUGUAGCAUCUCGGCGUUAAUCGCCGUUGCCGCAUUAUGCCAGCAAGGUUUCCCUUCUCUCUCUAAUCAAUCGGCGAGUCGAAUCGCCCUCAUUCAGAUCACGGUCUUCGGCCUGUUGGUAUAUAAUUACUACGGGGCGGCGAUCGUGUCGGCUAGAUUGAACGAGCCCAUUCAAAAGAUGAAUGACUCGCUGUUUUCGCUGGUGCAUAGUAAGAUGCAGAUCGCGGCCGAGAAAAUUGUCUUUUUCAAUUUUCUGCUACGGAACCAAAGACCGGAUGUGCAAUAUUUUAAGCCCUAUUGGGACGAUCUACCGGAAUCGAAGAGAUUUAUUCCCGUCGCGGAUGGCGUGGAGAGAAUAAAGAAGGGGGACUUCGCUUAUCACGGGGAUCCGGACUCUAUCUAUCCAGCUAUCGAACGUGAGUUCGACAAGCAGAUGAUAUGUCAGCUAACGGAAGUUCAUCUAUUGCAACCCACCGAGUUGGGCCUGUGGUCCAAUCUUAAAAGUCACUUUCACGAAAUCUCUAAAAUUGCAUUACUGAAAAUAUCCACAUCGGGACUUCGGCGACGAGAGAUACGUCGCCGGUCGGCCAGGAGGCCUUAUUGUCCAAGCGACGAGGUCUUUGUCUCUAGUGUGACAAUCUACGAAGCGGCUCCGAUUUUGUAUCUUCUGCUCUUUGGCAUGAUAAUUUCGCUCAUCGUAUUUGGUAUCGAACACUUUGUUUUCUACACGAUACAUUCAAAACGAGCGUCGGGUGUUACACGAGGUAUUAUAACAAGCAUUAAACCAAGCAUUAAACCAGACAUUAAGCGAACCAUUAAACCAUGGAUUAAACAAGGUAUUAAAACAGACGUAGAAAAAGGUAUUAAAAUUAAGAAUUAAGGAAAAUAAGGUAUCGCUAAAAGAUAAAGCACCACCUAGUUUUGCUUCUAGAAGCAAGUGGUUUCUUUCAACAGGUGCUAAUGAGGAAACGAUAUCAGUAAAGAAUAUCAAUAUAGGUAAAAUUUCUGAUAACGGGAUUCUCAAUUAUAUUAUGUAAAUUAUUUACCAGAUAAUAAUUACAUAUAGGUAUACGUAGUGCGAAUGAACGCAUUUAAAUAAAGUCAAA